CGCCUGCAGCCCAGUACGACGACAUAGAUGGCUGCAUCUAUCACGACGAGCGACGGCAGCGAGACGAGGCAGACGAGCAGGUUCAAGAGGAUCUGCGUCUUCUGCGGCAGCAGCCAGAAGACGACCUACCGCGACGCCGCCGUCGAGCUCGCCAAACAGUUAGUGUCGAGGGACAUUGGCUUGGUGUACGGUCGAGGCAGCGUAGAGCUCAUGGGGCUCAUCUCAGAGGCAGGCAGGCACGUCACCGGGGUUAUUCCUGAGACUCUGAUGACUUACAAGCUAAUCGGAGAGACGGUGGGGGAGGUAAGACUGGUCGCAGACAUGCACCAAAGAAAGGCAGAGAUGGCGAGCCAAUCUGAUGCGUUCAUAGCCCUGCCUGGAGGAUAUGGAACUCUUCGACAGCUGUUUGAGGUGAUUUCAUGGGCACAGUUAGGAAUCCAUAAUAAGCCGGUUGGCUUGCUGAAUGUUGAUGGGUACUAUGACUCCCUACUAACAUUCAUCAACCAGGCCGUCGGGGAAGGUUUCAUCAGCCCUGGUGCUCACAACAUCAUCGCCUCCGCUUCCACAGCACAAGAGCUCAUGGAGAAGCUUGAGGAAUACGUACCUUACCACGACAUAGUUGCCUCCAGGCUGAAAUGGGAGACGAGGGUCUCCCAGGACACAGGUGAUGAUUCUAGAAGUGUUACAGCCUUCCCUGAUGGCCCAAGGCAGGGUGUUCAACACUCAGAAGAGGAACUUAGCGAACCAAGGGCCAAGCGCGCGAGGACGCCCACUGUCGGUCUCAAUGGACCGGAGUGGGUUAAGCAAGAAAUGUAGUGUG